AUGAACGGUCCUCAAAAUGGCCUUAGCAGCCGACGCGAGGAGGCGAACCUAGCUGCUACGAUUUCACGGCCGUUAACUCUGCAACAAGCUCUCCCCUACUCGCCGCAGACCUCGACGGUCCCUUUCAUUCCAUACAUCAUUCCCGAUCCUUCUAUCGGCUCCGGCUCACCAGCUGAACCCGUCUCCCACUUGUUUCCUCGACAGGAGUUUGAUAAUCUGAACAGCGAGGCAGUUACUGGGCAAGAUCAACAGUCGAAGAGUAUUAAGCAAGCUGUCGACUUUGUACUUCACGAUAUGAAGCCUGCGCAGCGCACUCAAUACAACUUUCGAUCUGUCCCGCGCGGUCGACCGAAACCUGCGUCGAGAAAAUCUUGCACAGAUGGCCUCACACCUGUGACGCAGGCCGUGCAUGAACGAGUUGAGACAUACUUCAAGGCUAGCAAGAACAAUGUUAAGCCCGACAAAGCUGUUAAUGGCGCCGCCCCAUCACAUGCCCGCAAGCCGUCGCACGAUUCGGAAAAACUCCACGAAAAGACUCCCGAGAAGCCGCCCAGUAACACUUUCGAAAAUAAGACACCAAACGCGACCCGAAAUGCGGGCACAAAGCAUGUCGAAGCCGCUCAGCCGAGUUCUGCUAAAGUCGAGAUCGCUAUCACAGCUUCGAAGAACUUUGACCCGACUGCUUACGAGGAUGGCGACUCUUACAUGCAAUCCGUAGACACAAACUCGGUGCCUGCGAAAAAUGCGUCAUCUCCGCCUCUUCUCGAAGCUGAUGAGAUCAUUGUUGAUACAUCGGAGCUGGCCAGGGGCCUGCGCAUCGAGUUCCCUACCUUGAGUAAAAGAGAAGAGUAUGCCGAUGUGACAGUUGCGCCUGAUGCGCCGAACAACUUGUCAGCCCGGAGAUAUGGGAAUGGGCAAGGGGGGCAGGAUCUCAUGGGCUCUGGCCUUGAUCAGCGUCAGCGCGGAGAGGCUGCACUCGAUGCCUUAGAGUCCCAGCUUCGCAACAUCUUCUCCGCUGUUGGGUAUGCGUUCGCAAUGGAGCCAGGGUACGACCACAUCGUAAAGUUGAUGCCAGACCAAGAAGUUGCCAUGACAGCUGGAACUCAUCAAAAGCUGCACGGCGCACUGCAGAAAGCUAUCGACCUCCGAACAUUUGAUAAGGUCUCUGUGGAGAACCUGCUUCAAAUCAUCAAGCUCAGUGAAACCAGUCUCAAAUAUAUGGAUAUAAUUGAUAUCCACAUUGAUGAAAACUGGGACGAGGCGGCUGCAGAUGCAUGGGUUACACAACUCGCAGAAGUUGAAACGGCCAUGAAAGCUGCAAGAACAUGCCUUCGAAUUUUGUCCGGUGGCAGAGAAGACAAGCAGCUAUAUGUGGAAGCCAUCAUCCUUAGCUGCGUUAACCUCUGCAAAACCGUCACUGAGGAUAUCAUUAUGCCUCUGGUGGAAUUGGGAAGCAGCGGCACCGGUGCAAGCAUCUUCAAGCUUUUGUUUAAGCACAAAAAGACACUGUCAACAAUAUUUGUUACGUGUCAAAAGCUGUUUGCAUUGAUCGCAGAGUUGAUUGCCAAGAUUGAGCUUUCCGAGACCGCAAUCAAUACUCUAGAGUAUACUGCUUCGAAACUGAUAUUUGUUGACAACGCGCACGUUGAGCGCGAGUCUGUUAUCGGAGUACAAAAGUUUGACGGCAUCCGCUCAGUAGCCAUGGACAUUCUUUGCCAAAUUUUUGUUAACAAGCCUGAACAACGGCAGGGCAUCAUUGACGACAUUCUCACAUCGCUAGAAAAACUUCCAGUCGGCAAACAGAGCUCGAAGCAAUUCAAAUUAGCUGAUGGCGGUAGUAUCCAACCCGUGUCUGCCCUAAUAAUGCGGUUGAUUCAGUCGAGUUCGGGAAAGGUCGACCAGAGUGGCGAGGGUCGCCGAGCGGCAUUGUUGAAAGAUCUGGACGGAGAUGCAGAGGGGGAGCCUGCUAUCACCGAAGCAGCCUCUAGGCAAGGAAAAGCGGUAUCGUCCUUGACCAGUGAUGAUCAUGCUUCUCAACAGCAUGCAAUCGCCAUCCAAGAGCUGGACACAAUAUCAAGUCCCUUGUAUGACAUUGCUACGCGAAACGCCUCCUACGUGAUCAACUUCAUCGUGAAGAGAGCUAUUGGUUCUACGAAAUCGGGCGACACACCAUAUCGCAACUUACUGGAUCUAUUUGUGGACGACUUCACCGUGUGCCUCGACUCACCCGAUUGGCCUUGCGCCGAGCUUCUGCUGCGCCUCCUCAUGUUGCGCAUGGUGCAGCUGUUUGAGGGUCAAAAGACAGCCGUCCCUGCCAAAAAUAUGGCGUUGGAACUUCUUGGCUCCAUGAGCGCGGCUAUCUCCCGUCUGCGCUCCCAUGUCAAACGCACCGCUACCAAUUUUGAGGGAGCCGACGCAGACGAAAUGUCACGAUAUCUUGCUGAUCUUGCCAUCCAUAUUCUGGACCAAAAGGUUCAACCAGAGUAUCUAGUUGCUUGGGCAGGACCGUUUCGUGCCGUGCUUGAGUACUUGCAAAGCAGAAGCACAGAAGAUCAGCACCUGGCUAGUGCUGUAGCUUUUGUUAUCACAGACUGGGCAAACAGGACACACAUCGCGUACGAUUCUAUCAAAGAUGAAGAGAUCGAGCGAGACAGCGAGCUAGGUCGUCUGGCUUACCGUCUUAGGAAGAUGGUCGCAGAUCGCAAAUGGCUUGCUAGCGAAUAUACAUUCAAAGCAAUCAGCACCCAUCAAGCGAAGCUCGCUUUUACCAUUAUACUCCUUCGGUCGCCGCUUUGUGAGUCUUUCGGCCACAUUCUCAAUAUUCUGCUUGGUUCUAUGGCCAGCGAUCAAGCAACUGUCCGGAGCAAGAGUCUCAAGAGUAUCAACCAAGUUCUAGAGACUGACCCCUCUAUCCUGGACGGAGAUUCCAGCGUAAUUCAACUAAUCUUGGAAUGCUCAAGUGACUCUUCCACUCAGGUCAGAGACUCUGCUUUGGGAUUGCUCGGAAGCUGCAUCACGAUGCGUCCAGCUCUUGAACCAUCGUUGACGCCAAAGAUCAUCGACCGCUUCCAAGAUGCCGGCGUCGGCGUACGAAAACGUGCUAUGAAGCUCGCUCGAGACAUUUAUCUGCGCAAUAAGAAUAAGGGCUUACGCUGUGCUAUUGCGAAUGGCCUGCUUCGGCGUGUCCAGGAUCCAGACGAGGGAGUGCGCGAUCUGGCUCGCCAGAUGAUCGAGGAGGUUUGGUUUGCUCCAUUUUACUCAAACGACGGAACAGCUGCCUACCAGACUGCAAUCGCGGAGCAUGUUGCUCUCAUUAUUCAAACCGUCAAAACAGGAACCGCUACAGAAGUCCUCGACAAAGUCUUUCAAACAAUUCUUCGGCCCAAUAACAAGUCGCUAGAGGGCCCAUUUUCAGUCUGCUCGAAGCUAGUCGGCGAUAUGUUUGGGCUACUCGACAACCCAGACUCAGAAGAGUCGUCAGGGCCGUCCGGCAGAGACGCACUUCAAGUUCUCACGAUUUUUGCAAAUGCAGACCCAAAACUAUUCAAUUUUGAACAGAUUCGUCUUUUGAAACCUCAGCUUGCCAGCUUUUCCGGACAAGAAGAGCUGGCUGCGUUCCGCGCAGUUACAGUCAUAUAUAAGAGGGUACUUCCACAACUGUCUACUGUACACUCACAGUUUUUGGGAGAGGUGCGCAAGCAACUUCUCCAAGGCGUUGGGAAAAUCUCAUCCAGAGGCGCUCUCGACGACCUGAUUGCCUGUGCCAAGGUCGUUUGCGAUUUACUGAACGACUUUAGCCCAAUGGCUAACCUAGUCGCCUCCAGCUUGGUGGGUAUUCAGAAGAUUGCAACUGCCCCUCUAGACCCAAAACGUCUCAAUGUUCUCUGUGCCUACGCAAUCAUUGUCGGCAAUGUGGCAAAGCACUGUGAUCUGGAUCAGCAAAUCGAGAUAUUCAGAGCAAGAUUUCAAAAGUGGCAGGGCGACUCAGUGCCGCGUUUGAUCGUGGAUAUUGUUUCCCCCUUUACCAAUCCCAAGCAACCCCUCGAAGCCAGAAAAGCAGCACUCGAGGCCAUUGGAUUGGUAUGCCAGUCGUGGCCGCGGAACUAUGUGCUUGCAAAGGUCUAUACGGCGUUUCAGCAAGUUUUCCAGGAUCAAAUUCCCAUGCUGGAAACUAUGAUUCUUAGGUCUUUCAAGGAGUUUCUGAUGGGAGAAGAGCGACGAUCGGAGGCUUCAUCUCAAGCUGCUGCCGCUGGUGGUAAACGAGAACUCACAAUAAUGGGCGGGACCAAUUUUGAUGACGUUGCCAGCGCCACAACGCAGAGGUUCCUCAAGGACUUCACCCGCAUAGCACUUUCCAGCCAGGACGAGUACGCAUUCCUGGCUAUGGAAGUUCUGGGCAGUAUCAACCGUCAAGGCUUGACCCAUCCCAAAGAAACUGGUGUGGCUUUGAUCACGCUGGAAACAUCUGCCAACAAAAAGAUUGCGGAAUUGGCAUUUACGGAGCACAGGUCGCUGCACGAGAAGCACGAGACAGUUUUGGAGCGAGAAUAUGUUAAGGCAGUACAAUCGGCUUUCAACUACCAACGCGAUAUUGUCAAAGAUGCCCAUGGUGCUACAACAGAUCCCUUUCAAGCCAAACUGCACUUGCUGAUGGAGGUGCUCAAAAUCAGCAAGAUGAGAAACAAGCAGCGGUUUCUGGAGAAGCUUUGUUACCAGGUCGAUUUUGAUCUCAACAAGCUCAAUGCCAAGAGCGGCGUCCCGCAGCAGGUUGCCUUUGCUCGGUUCAUAGUGGACAACCUCACCUAUUUCGACUACCACACCAUGGGUGAGGUGCAUACGACGGUCAACACCAUUGAGAAGAUUGUGACUACAACGGGAGCCACUGUUGCACAAGCGAUUGAAUCUGAGAUUUUUAACAUGCGCAUGGACUUGGAUGCACCGACUGCGACCGAGGAAGCAUCAGGUGAUGCCGAAGGAGAGCCAGCCGAUCUUGCAGAAGCACCAGUGGUGGGUGCAAAUGUAGAUCCGGCAAGAUUUCGCCAGCUUGCAUCUGCGUCAGUGAUACUGCUACUACUUUGGGAGGCCCGAACCCAUUUACGAAAAUUGUACAAUAUGGGGACCAGCCGACACGACAGCAAAGCCAAGCUCCUGGCGAAGGACCUUAAUAAAACACCAACCAAAGUCCAGGGUGUACACGGAGACAAGGUCUGGGAAGAGCUCGCGGCACACGAAACGGGCUUCGAUACGCUACAAGGCAUGGGCGCAAAGUGCAAGGCCUUGAUUGAGCUGAUGAAUGUCGACAAGGAAUUUAAAGUUGCGGAAGACGAGGAGGAGGCGGACGUGGAAGCAGCAGGCACUUCCAGCGAGGGCGAUGAUGAUGGGGAGGGCGGCGAGAGAGGCCGGAAGAGAAAAGGAGCAUCUGCACCCGGCAGGCCGAAGAAGCGUCCUCGAUCAAACUCUCAGCCGCGAAAGCGAGGACGGCCGCGGCUGACUAGUAUCGAGCCGGACGACGAAGAUGGUGAUGCAUCCUGGCUUUAA